GUAAACAUUCGAGAAAUUCCCCGAUUACAAAGCAAAGCUGCAAGUGAAUUUCAAAAACUUUUAAUGUAAAAUACAAGUUAUUGGACUUAACAAAUGUUCUAAAAAAGUUUAAGAACUUCGUAGCAAUGGUGAAUGUUAUGAAAGGUGUAUUUGUUGAAUGUGAUCCGGCUAUGAAACAAUUUCUUUUGCAUCUCGACGAAACGCUUGCAUUGGGACGCAAAUUCAUCAUACAAGAUUUGGAUGAGAAUCAUCUGUUUAUUUCUACCGACAUUGUAGAAACUUUGCAAGCACGUGUGGAUGAUUUAAUGGACCGCAUAAGUUUUCCGCUGCAUGAAAAAGAUCCCUAAAUUAAAAAUAUAAUUAACUCUAAAUAUAUAAGACAAGUCAUUCUCUAUAAGCCAACCUACAUUACAAAAAAAAAAAAAAAACUAUGACCGGACGCGAGUCCAAUCGUAUAAAAGAUGCGGAGAAAAAACGUGUGCUUGAUGAAGCUGCGCGACAACGGCGCGCACGCAAGGCGCUUGAAGCACUCGAGCAAGAUAAUUUCCAUGAAGAUCCACACGCAGAUUUGGUGAUGUCAAAGAAAUUGCCGAAAUUUCAAGAUGGCAUCAAAAACACCAAAGAGAAGAAAAGCAAACGGAAAGGUGCCGAAUACUACCGGGCGAAGUAUCGUAAAAAUUUUCCACAGCUCUUAGAAGAAUGUAAGCAGAACUCUACAGAUGCGCCAAACUACUUGAAUGCUUUGGCACCGGCACCAAAUAAGCCGCCACGUCGGUUCUGUGCAGUUUGUGGUAAUUUUUCAAAAUACACUUGCACCGCGUGUGGCACACACUACUGCUGUAUUCGCUGUCUGGGCACACAUCAGGAUACGCGUUGUCUCAAAUGGACCGCUUGAAACUUUCUUUUAAGUAUAGAAUUUUAUUGGAUUACAUAGUUACAUUGGGGGUUUUAUGAUGCAGAUGAAGAUGAGAAAAAUAUUGAAGUAUUAAAAUAUAUAUGAAACUACAAACAAGUCUUCAAGCAAAAAUAAAGAAUUUGAAAAUAUAAAUUUUAUGUUCAAGCGUCCUUGUGCGAAAAGGUGCAAUAGUGACCAACUUACGUACACACGGAAAAAUCGAAACAAGAAAUUGUCAUAAAACAGACAAUACUCCUUACGGAUGGCGCAGAGCUCAUUAGACCACUUAAGAUUUACUUGUGGGCCAAAAGAAUCUGUCGAAAUCACAAGAGCUGAUGGUAGCCUUUCACGCCUUCUGCGAUACCCAGCUAUCCUGUAGUUAGCUACGAUUCCGCUGUGGCCUCCUGGCUAGUUUUAUUACGAAGUGAUUUGAUGCCGUUAAGAGCCAGUUUGGAUAUCUCGAGUUAUUUUCUAAGUGGAUAGUCAUUACUUUGAAGCAGGAAAAGUUUACACAAAUAUGCACCGGAACAGUAUAUAUCUACAGCAACCUGAAUGGCAGCCAUCUCGGCAUGAAAAACGCUACAGUAGCCAGGAAACCUGAAGCUACGGUUAAUAAAUAUUUCCUGACAAUUGCAAUCUCUCACAAACCAUCCCUAAUCUUACACCAAUUAAGAAGCUCACUACAACACUAUUUCAGUUUCUCCUCAUUUACAUCGCGCAGGUAUGUUUGCGAAGAAAAUACUGCCAGAGUUUGAUUUGAAUUCAAAGCGUGUUUAUUUAGAAAUUGUGAGUCUCUGAGUUUGAUAGCUACGUUCGUGGUCAUACAUCUUCCAGCUAUGUUAUGUCUAUGGGUGCUACAUAUAUGAAGGAUGACAUUAAGUGUAAUGGUUGGUUUUGCCCUUAGACUAACCACUGAAAGUCCAUUUGCCAAAGAUAUAUUUAUACAAACUGCGUACGUUCACCACAACCUCGACUAAUUUUGUUAAAUAUUCUCUAGCAGAAUACUAAGUGAAAAACAUUGAUAAACUUUGUUAUUGUCCAGAGAUAAGAGGCAACGCAUCGCCAGCAGCAAAUAAAAUUUCCUUUUCUAAUUUCACUUUCAUUUGAAUUUCCUAAGUGAUAUAGAUGGCAAACUGUUGCGGCUGGUUGAAGGCCACUGUAAUCAUAUUUACAAACUAAGGUACCGUUACAUUAGAAUAUUGCGUGAUAAAAAAAAAACACACACACACAACAAAUACGCGCAUAAAGUAUAAUUACCACAACACACCUUACCACCAGCAAAAGCACGACGAAAAAAGAAAGAAGAAACAGCAAGUAAAGUAUGCAAAUAGUGAGGCAACAAUACAAACAAAAACAAUGCGAAUUGUAAACGCACAAUUUGCCGAUAAAAUGGCUGCAAUGAUCCAGAAUCGUCGCCAAUAAAGUUAGCGCUAGAGUCAACAGCGCUCACAACAACAACAUUAGGUAAAUUGCAACAAAGACAGCAACAAACAACAAACAACUUAGUAAUAGCAACUAAUUGCUAGUAGACCAAAGUCCACAACAACAAUAAUAGGAACAUAGAAGAGGCGCCACAGCAGCGACACCAUCAGCUCUUGUGGCUAGUAAGCCAAGCCAGGUGCGCUGCACAUCCACACACGGUGUAUAUAACUGUAUAUCACACCUUAAAUUAUAUAAACACAUACACAUAUAUACCGGCAACACAGACUGGAUUGCCAACGCAGAAAAUGUCCAACACAGAUCUGCAUGCAUUUUUCGAAGGCUUGGAUGAUUCGGCAGCGGCAGCGGCGGCCGAAGUGCUCGAUAUCGAAAAUAUUAUUGCCAAUUUCUCUACGGAAAUGCUGCGCAUGAACAAAGAUAUCCCUGAUGCGACUGCAAUGAACGAAAUUUCCAUAAACCAAACGUUGAAGGCGCUUUGCGAGCAGAGCGGCAGGCGCACCGCGCCACGCAAUGCCUCAGCCUCCUACUUAACUUGUGCGCCCUCCUUUGACUCUGUGCUCUGUUGGCAGGAAACGCUGGCCGGCACGACAGCCAUACAACCCUGUUUUGCAGAAUUCAAGGGCAUACAUUACAAUACAACAGAAAAUGUAACACGUCAGUGCCUAGCGGACGGCACGUGGGACAAUUACACGGAGUAUAUGCGUUGUCAGCCGUCUACAAUAUUACCGCCACAAUUGGCUGAUCUUUCGCCAACAAUCGAAUUAUCAUCCUAUAUAUAUUUCAUUGGAUAUUUCAUUAGUUUAACGUCACUCAUUUUAGCACUGAUCGUUUUCUAUUUCUUCAAAGACUUGAAAUGCCUGCGCAACACCAUUCAUGCGAAUUUAUUCCUCACAUACAUACUCGCCGCGCUGCUGUGGAUCCUCACGAUGUGCCUGCAUGUGAUGACAGAGCACCCCAGCGAGGCCGGCUGCAUCACUUUGGUCAUGAUGUUUCACUAUUUUAAUUUGACUAACUUUUUCUGGAUGUUUGUGGAAGGUCUCUAUCUUUAUACACUUGUGGUGCAGACAUUUUCUAGCGAUAAUAUUCGGUUUUUCAUAUACGCUUGCAUAGGCUGGGGUUGCCCCGCUGUUAUAACAUUUAUUUGGUCAAUAGCAAAAAUCUUCGCCACAUCAUUGGAGAGUGAGCAUUUUAACGGUUUGUUCAUUCAGUGCUCGUGGCUAAGGGAAUCUCACAUUGAUUGGAUAUUUCAAGCACCUACCUGCCUUGUAUUAAUACUCAAUUUAAUAUUUCUCAUACGCAUCAUGUGGGUAUUAAUCACGAAAUUGCGCUCGGCCAACACACUGGAGACCCGACAAUAUCGUAAGGCGUCGAAGGCAUUGCUUGUGCUUAUACCGUUAUUUGGCGUCACAUAUCUUAUUGUACUAUUUUGCCCUGGUGGCGAAGGAAUUACACAAAACGUAUUUGAAAAUCUGCGUGUCUUUCUUAUAAGUACACAGGGAUUUUUCGUAUCCUUAUUCUUUUGCUUCCUCAAUUCGGAAGUGCGUCAAGCUCUACGUCAUCGUUUCAUGAGAUGGCGGGACAAUCGGAAUUUACGAAAUGGUAGCAUACAUCGUAAUCGCAGAAAUAGGUUAUCUAAGGACUACUCACAUCGCUCUAGAACGGAAAGUUUACGUACUGAGGAGUAUAUGAUUUGUGUGAGGCCCUAGCAUAGCAACAGCUUCAGUUCUAUGAAACGGCAUUAUCAACACUCAACACACACACGCACCGACUUUGUUUGAAGAUGUGCAACAAUAGGGUGAACGAGAACCGGAAAGACUUUCCCGAGUGCCAUUUUGUCAAACUAUACAAUGCUUGCUUUAAACACAAUGUUUGCUGAAUCUAUACUAUUUACAUGUACUUUAUAUAUUUAGGUUAAUAAUUAAUAUGCGACAACAGCCAAAGGCAUUAUGUACCUUAAUCUUUUUUAAUGACUAUAAAGAUAUCGAAAUUCUAUAUUAUAAUAAUAUAUGUAUGUAUAACUCAAUGUAGCAUUUACUCGUACAUAUACAUAUGUAUGUAAACAUGUUUGAUUGUAUAAAAAUGAAAUCAAUUUGCUAUCUGAAAACUACAUGUUCUAUAACUAUGUACUAUUAUAUAAUGUAUAUAUGUGCGUUUGUGUAUGCGCUAAAACGUUCUUAUUUAUUUAUAUUUU